AUGUGCAUUUGCAAUCCGCGUGUAAUAAACAUGGCAGUCUCGCUUGAAGACGAGUUCCCUCGCUUGCAGAUGCAAUAUUACAGCAAUCUGAACCAGGCCGCCAGACGCCGCAUACUCACUGACUCGAAUCUGAGUUCUGCUUCAAGUCUUUAUCAAAGCUUUGUGACAGUGUCCCUCGCUUUUGAUGGGGAAUCACAGACUUUCAAAUUGCCUGUCAAUCUCCUCAACCCCUCACAAGUUGGGGACGGUCCCGGUGGAGAGUCGCGAAUCUGGAGUGACUUCACUUUUCAGGAGUUCGGAAAAGGGGAUCAAUUCAACAUGGCGGAAGUCGUCGAAACACCUCAUUCAGAGGCUAAGAGCUCCCCCCUCGAAGAGUCUCCAUCGCAUAGGUACCUCUCUGCCGCAAAGGCCAUGCAGGUAGAUAAAUGGGUAAAUGAAAGGUCUGGGGUUGAGCAAGAGAAAAUUGAGCCGGUCCCAGAGCUUUCUUCUAUCCCCCAGCCUGAGACCCCGUAUGAGCCGACAACUGCUACCAAUACAAUGAAGCCACCUGGAAUCAAAUCACGAAGGGCAGUGGCUGCGGUGCCAAAGCAAUCUGCAUCCCCAUCGAAGUCCAUGGCAUCUCAAUCCCAGCCGCUCAGUGCCCCGGGGUGUGACGACAAAUCCAACAGCCCACGUAAAAAGUGGAAGAUGAUUUACGACAUGAACGCCGGUCCGAAUGCGUCGCAGGCCCUUGGCCUUGGCCUUGGUCAAUCCAACAAAGAAAAUGACAAGCGUGAGGGAGCCAUUCUUCGCGAUGUGACAUCUAAUGUCACCGAGACAAAGGUCCUAGAGGGCAAAGCGAGACUUGCGUCGAAAUCCGACGCUACGAAAAAUGCCAAUAACAAGCACAUCCGCAUUCCAAUAAGCAUUUCUCGUGACUCCCACAGAUUCAGGGCAAAUGAGAAUUCGUCCUCUUGGUCGAACAGAAAGCCUCGGAGAGGGAGUGAGCUACUUGAUACAUCCUCCCCAGUUUGCACCGUCAAUUCCAAUGCGCUUCCCCGUCUUUCUAUGGAUCAACCUGCCUUAAUCCCAGAUAGAUCCACCAGCAACGAAAUGCCCAAGACCAACACCGACAAUAUUGGCCCUUCAUGUGAAUCCAUCCGCUCAACUGAGCUCGCUGGUCUCAACUUUGAAACCGAUGGCUCUUCGCCCAGCCCCAAUAGCAUUCCGUCGAGCCGGGAACUGGCAUCCUCCAGUGUCGACACUCUAGAGCUAGAGGAACGGCUUGAUCAGCUGAAGAUGACUUGUCUGGACCAGAUUGGGACGACUAAAAUCAAUGAAGUUGAUGCCUUCACUACCAACAAGCCUAAGUCCAGGCGAUAUGCCCAUCAAGAGUACUUGAAGGAGAGGCUCGAGGAGCUGAACAGGAUCUAUAGACCGGAGAUGAUUCGGUCGGCUGACGAAGUUGCAACCCGCAAAUACCACCUUACCAUGAAGCAGAAGGCAGCCAGCCCUAUUGGAAAGGCGAAAGGUAACGCUAAGGCGAAGUCCAAAAGACAGGCCACUCUCGAAGAUGCAUGGGGCAUUCCGAAAAAGCCAAUCAAAAGGGCCGACUCCGCAUUGGGGAUUGAGAAGACUAACGACAAAACUUCGCGGGCGAAAGCAGACGAAAUGCGUACGAAUGACGACAUCAAACAUCUUUUUAGCGCGCUGAAACAAACUUUGGAGGCUGCUGAGUGUUUUCCAGGCACAGUGACUCUAGAAUUACAGUUCGGCCUCUUGCUAACUCCUCUGCUACCCAAAACCUAUCGAGAAAAGUCGAUGUCCCUUGCCGAAUGGUCAGGAAUCUUCCAGCCCCAAACCGGAAUUGCGCCGCCAACUACAAAGUUCAUCAGUCGGCUGACAACAUCUGGAUCUGAUGUUGAUCACAUUGUGGACUUGAAGACAUCGAAAGUGGAAGGCAAACGGCGCAUUUUUGAGCAAGAGGACAGCGAAUACUCCGUUUUCUACGAAUAUCAUUGUCGAAUCAAGUCUGACAAACCCAUCAUCAUCACGGUGAACGAACAGGGAAAACACAGCCUCAGAUCUCCAGCAGCCGCUCUCGGUGGAGUCAACUUGCACUUUCCUGGGCAGAUCUGGGAUGCUCACUUGGGUGUCAGCGGUGGCUUCACGUACAAGGAGGGAAGCGACCCAGAAAUCGAGAAAGCUAUCCAGCACCUAGCGGACCAUUGUUGGGUUCCCCCGAAUCAAACUCUUGCUCAGAUCUUCACACGAAUCCCAGAAGGAAACACCGUUACCAUUGAAAAGGUUUUUAUGAAGCGCUUCACACGACAUCGGUAUAUCAAGCCCGAAUCGAACGUCGAUCAGGACAUCUUCCUGCAGGUGAAGGAAGUCCAAGAUCUAGUCAUUGGAACUUGUGACACGGACAAACGGGUCAAAAGAGCUCAAUGCUUGUCACUGCUAGACAUGCUCAAGGCCGGACGCCAAUGGUACGAGGUCUCGUUGGUCAGUCCUGCCAUCGAGGCUAUCUUGAAAUCCAACGCCAAUCUUGAGCUCGGGGAACGUACUGAUGACUGGUGUGCCACUGAUCUCUUCGGAAAUGACGCCUCCCUUAUUCAUGACAAACCAACUGACUCUGCUGAAUCUCGCGCCCCGAUUGCAUUGAGCCCCGUUGCAUCCGCUAUUGGCGAUGCUGGCAUCGGGAAUCUGCUCCGUGUGGCCAAGAAUAUCAUCAACAAAAUGGACGGCGUCGGAUACUGGAACUACAACCCUCACGCUGACACAGAUGCCGUGCGCCUGCCACCUCCCAGCUCGCUCAGUAUUCCUCCUGCGUCUAACGCUCUCACCCUUGCAUCUCUCAAAAACCUCACCGUCAAGUCUGAUCCAAAGAGUUUCAGCUUCGAAGAGUUGGAGAGUAUCAAAGAUGUCGGCAGUGCUGCUAUGGGUGUUGCUCUCACCAAGAAGUCCUCUCCCAUUCCUUCUACCAAAGCGAUGAAACAGAUUGAAGAGGUAGACUUCUGGUGA